GCCGACCCACCCACGUCGGUGGUUCUAUUCGCAAGACCGUGAACACUUGUAUUUUGUUUACCGGAGACAUCUAAAGCGUUCCACAACAAUUCGAAUCCGAACCGGAGCUGGAAUCGGAUUUCAUCUGUGGUUUUGUCGGGGAGUGAAGAAUGAUCAAGAGAAGAGUGGAUUCAAAGGAUUGAUCCGAGCAAUCAUGUGGUUCUCCUUCUUAAGACCCAGAGAUCGAUUCUCCUUGGUCGAACUCAGGCAUCUGACGGACCAGUUGAGGAAAAUUCAGAUAGUGAACGAUACCAAUAAGGACUUUGUUGUCGAGGCACUGAGAUCAAUCGCGGAGAUACUAACCUAUGGCGAUCAGCAUGAUCCCUCAUUCUUUGAGUUUUUUAUGGAGAAGCAAGUCAUGGGAGAGUUUGUACGUAUCUUGAGGGUUAGCAAAACAGUAGCAGUUUCUGUUCAGUUGUUGCAAACCAUGAGUAUUAUGAUCCAGAACCUCAAAAGUGAACAAGCCAUCUACUAUUUGUUCAGUAACGAAUAUGUAAACUAUUUGAUAACAUAUACAUUUGACUUCCAACAUGAAGAGCUCCUAUCCUACUACAUAUCCUUCUUAAGAGCUGUUAGUGGGAAACUAAACCAGCAUACGAUAUCAUUGCUUUUGAAGACCGAGAACGAUGUAGUAGUUUCUUUUCCUCUUUAUGUUGAAGGCAUUAAGUUUGCAUUUCAUGAAGAGAACAUGAUACGCACUGCAGUUCGUUCCCUGACUCUUAAUGUAUAUCACGUUGGCGAUGAAUCUGUGAAUGAUUAUGUAGUUAGUCCACCACACACCGAGUACUUUUCAAAACUAGUUUCAUUUUUCCAAAAGCAAUGCAUUGAUCUAAGUGCAAUGGUGUUGAACACUUUAGAGAGCCCAUCCCCAGACUCAGGAGGAAAAUUAUUUUCUGCCGUUGAUGGGAUUGAGGACACCUUGUACUACUUUAGUGAUGUUAUCUCUGCUGGCAUACCUGAUAUUGGGAGGCUGGUAACAGAUCACAUUCUGCAGAAUCUAACUCUCCCACUUCUUCUCCCGUCUCUAUGCUCUGAGACUGUAAAUGAUGUUUCAAUUGAUCCCAUCACUUCUCUCUAUCUGCUUUGCUGCAUCCUGCGGAUAGUUAAAAUCAAAGAUUUGGCAAAUAUUACCGCUGCUACACUUUUCUGCCCUGUAAAAGCUUUCAUUGCGAGUUUCCUAGUGAAGCCUAAUAGUAGCUUGGCUCCUGAACGCCCUAGAUUUCGAAAUGGGCAUCCAGACAAUGGUGUUUCCGAGGAAGCAGAUCAACAGUGUCCAAGCAAUGCAGUAUUAAGGGAGGAUGGAAACUCCCACGUCUGCAGUGAAAGUACUACGAAAAGUAUCUUCAACGAUUCAGAUAUUACAUUUAGGGAGACCUUGCUUCAAUAUAUUUCUGAGGGAGAUGACGUGCAAGCUCAGGGUUCCUUGUUUGUGCUAGCCACUUUAUUGCAGACAAAAGAACUUGAAGAGUCAAUGCUAGAUGCUUUCGGCAUUCUUCCUCAGCGUAAGCAGCACAAAAAACUUUUGCUGCAAUCUUUGGUUGGGGAGGACUCUGAUGAAGAACAACUAUUUUCACCGCGAAAUGGUUCUAUGAGAGAUGGAAGUAGUGAACUUGAUUGGUGUCUACGGAAGCUGGAGGAGCAGUUUGGAGUAUGCUGUUCAUUGCGUGGGGCUGCAGUGUCCCCCCUUGUACAUAGACAUCAGGUGGUGGAUGCAUUGGUCAGUCUUCUCUGCCGUGAAAACAUAUCUGCAGAAACAUUAUGGUGUGGAGGAUGGCUUUUACGCCAAUUGCUUCCUUAUAGCCAGGCAGAGUUUAAUCAUAAACAUCUGAAGAUGCUGAAUGAUUCAUAUGAGAAAUGCAAAGAAGCACUAAUCCGGGAGAUCAAAGGUUCCUGGCCUGAUCUACUCAUCACAGUACUGCUUGAUGAGUGGAAAAAGUGCAAAAAAGUGAUCGAAGCUCCAUCUCCUCAAAAAGACCCUAUAUCUGUUAUUCUCCAGCUGGAUAGAUUCUCUUCUAAUGAUAACAUUGUUAGCGAUUCAUCAUUUACAGCAGGUGAAAAGUUGUGCGAGGUGGUAAAGGUUUUUGUGCUUCUUCAUCAACUCCAGAUCUUCUUGCUUGGUAGGCCCUUGCCAGAGCAGCCUCCCAUCCACCCUCCUGCCGACAUAUCUGAAACGUCUCGUGCCACAACUUCUGGUUUGGAUGUUUCAGUCCCAAAACCUGGCACCGAAGUGAAGCUAGUUGAUGCUGUACCUUGUUGGAUUGCCUUUGAAAGAGGCAAGGAACGUGAAUUCUCGUUUCUAGCAUUAUCGUCUGGUGUCUCUGGUUGGAUCGUCCUUGCUGAAAAGUCACUUUUGAAGCCAGAUCACGGAAUCGUCCGUAUUGUUGCACCUUUAGCCGGCUGCAACCCCCGAAUAGAUGAAAAGCAACCAAGGUGGCUACACUUGAGAAUCCGACCAUCUACGUUACCUUUCUUGGAUCCAAUAAAGCGAGGAGUCUAUAAGAAGCUCAAGUCCAAAGGUCUAGUAGAUGGAAAAUGGACAGUUGCAUUCAGGAGCGAUGAGUUUUGUCACUCUGCUUACUCGAUGGUUGCGCAUGAGAUGGAUCUACAAUCCAGCGAGGUUGAAAGGAGGUUAAAGCCAUUCUUUGAAUUUGAUAGAAACCAGCAAGAUCAAUCAACAAUAACUUCCGACGCCAUCCCUUCUUCAACAUCUUCUUCUUCCGGCUGAUCUCAUUUUGCAUUGCAUUCAUAAACGGAUAGAUAAAUCUUCAGUCCUUUAGAGCAGCUUCCAUGAAUUCUUCAGGUUUAUAUUUUGCUUAUAUCUCUGCAUUUUCUGUUUGUUUUGUUUAGCUUUUAUUGAUUCUUUUUGUAACGUCUUAGUGUGAUACCAUUGUAUAUUUGAAAGCGCAACAAUCCAUUAGUGAAUUUCAACUGUUAUCA